GGCCGGGAAGAUGGCGGCCCUCGUGUCGCCCUUGGCUACUGCGCGCUGCCUGCUGCGGGCUCUGGGGYGCCGCGCCUGCCUCCUCCCGCCGCACAGAGCCUACACAGCUCAGGCAGAUGAGAAGACAGGCCUUGGUACUCCAACAGAUGUUCAUGCCAGAGCUUUGUUAGUUUGUAAUGGACCUUUGGAACAUUAUGAGUUUCUGAUUAAGCAUGAAGAGCUGAGGAAUGAUGAGCAACAAAGAAGAGUUGUGCAGCACCUGCAGAAAUUGCAUGAAAACCUUAAAGGCUACAGCAUUGAUUCAAAAAAUGUUCUUUCAAAGCUCUUUGCCAAAACCAAACCCCCCAAAGGUCUUUAUGUCUAUGGAGAUGUUGGCACAGGAAAGACAAUGGUGAUGGACAUGUUCUAUUCUCACUUAGAAGUAGAAAGGAAAAAGAGAGUUCAUUUUCAUGGCUUCAUGUUGGAUGUACACCAGAGAAUACAUCGCCUUAAGCAGAGCUUGCCAAAGAGAAAAGCAGGAUUUAUGGCCAAAUCGUAUGACCCAAUUGCACCAGUGGCAGAGGAAAUAAGCAAAGAGGCUGCUCUCCUGUGUUUUGAUGAGUUUCAGGUCACUGACAUUGCUGAUGCCAUGAUUCUGAAGCAGCUUUUUGAAAAUCUCUUCCAAAAUGGGGUUGUCGUUGUGGCAACAUCUAACAGGCCGCCAGAAGAUCUCUAUAAAAAUGGUCUUCAGAGGGCUAAUUUUGUACCAUUCAUUGCUGUACUGAAGAAAUACUGCAGCACAAUCCGGCUUGAUUCUGGAAUAGACUACAGGAAACGAGUGCUUCCAGCUGCUGGAAAACUUUACUACCUCACAAGUGAAGCUGAUGUGGAGGCUGUCAUGGAUAAGUUGUUUGAUGAGCUGGCUCAGAAACAAAAUGAUUUAACUAGACCAAGGAUUCUAAAAGUGCAAGGCAGAGAGCUGAGGCUGAAUAAAGCGUGUGGAACCAUUGCAGACUUCACAUUUGAAGAGCUGUGCGACAGACCUCUUGGAGCCAGCGACUAUUUGGAAAUAUCAAAGCAUUUUGACACGGUGUUUGUUCGUGACAUACCACUUCUUACAAUAGCAAAAAGGACACAAACUCGUCGUUUCAUUACUCUUAUUGAUACCUUUUAUGAGCAUAAGGUGCGUAUUAUCUGUUCUGCAGUAGCUCCUCUUGAAAGCUUGUUCCUGGUGGAACAGGGCAGUGGUGAACUGCAGGACAACAGAGUGUUGAUGGAUGAUUUGGACUUGAGCCAGGAUUCUGCCAAAGGACUCUCUAUGUUUACAGGAGAAGAGGAAAUCUUUGCCUUUCAGCGUACUCUCUCACGGCUCACAGAAAUGCARACUGAACAGUACUGGAAUGAUGGGGACAGAAGCAAAAAAAACAAAAGUUGAAUGAAAUCACCAAGAAGUAAAAUGACAGCAUGAAAUCACCAAGAAGAGAAAUUGGAAAAACUUCAUAAAAGCAUUGAAAAGUUUUUAGCACAACUGAAAUAAUAAUUGCACUUUAUCAUCUGGACCAUGUUUUCUUUCAUCAAUAGUUUUUUAACUUUAACACAUGAGGUUUCAGUUAUUUUUCUGUACCACUGCAUGUGAAAUUUUGCCUUCAUUGGUUCUUCUUCAAACCUGUCUGGAUGUCUGGGUUCAUACAAUGGUGGUGAAUAGAGUUACAUCCAGCUGGUGGCUGGUCACCAGUGGUGUUCCCCAGGGCUCAGUGUUGGGGCCAGCACACUUUUAGUAUUUAUAUCCACGAUAUGGAUCAGGGGAUCAAGUGCACCCUUAUUAAGUUCACAGAUGAUGCCAAGUUGGGUGGGAGUGUUCAUCUGCAGGAGGGUAGGAAGGCUCUGCAGAGGAUCUGGAUAGCCUGGAUCAAUGGGCUGAGGCCAGUUGUAUGAGGUUCAACAAGACCAAGUGCUGGGUCCUGCCCCUGGGUCACAACAACCCCAGGCAGCACUACAGGCUGGGGCAGAGGUGUGCUCAGGUGRCCAAGAAGGACARUGGMAUCCUGGCCUGUAUCAGCAGUGGUGUGGCCAGCAGGACCAGGGCAGUGAUUSUCCCCCUGUACCCAGCACUGGUAAGGCCACACCUCAAAUCCUGUAUUCAAUUCUGGGCCCCUCACUAAAUGAAGGACUUUGAGGUGCCAGAAUGUGUGUGGGGAAGGGCAGCACAGCUGGUGAAGGGUCUGGAGCACAAGUCCUSUGAGAAGUGGCUGAGGGACCUGGGGUCAUUCAGCCUGGAGAAAAGGAGGUUCAGGGGUGACCWUAUUGCUYUCUACAACCACCUGAAAUGAGRUUGUAGCCAGGUGGGGUUGGUCUCUUCUCCCAGGCAACUAGUGACAGGAAAAGAGGACAURCCUCAAGCUGCUCCAGGAGAUGUUCAGGUUGGGUAUCAGGAAGAAUUUCUUCACUGAAAGGAUUGUCCAGCAUUGGAACAGGCUGCCCAGGGAGGWGGUGAAGUCACCAUCUCUGAAAGUGUUGAGGACAUGGCACUUCUUUGUUUGACAGGGUGAUGUUUGCACWAAAGUUGGACUCAGUGAUCUUGGGAGGUUUUUUCCAAUCCUAAUGAUUUUCUAAAAUACAACUUUGAUGUUCAGGAAGUAUAAUGGGAUUAGAAUUUUUCUAAAAAGUUGGUCUACAGACAUAGUUAAUGGGCUAUGCAGAGUCAUUUUUGAAGUGGGUACCUCAUUGUUUAUGCACUGUUUCUAUCAAAAUGCACAAAACAAAAAUGAAAUUUUUGAUUUUCUAAGAAACUCUUGAUAUUGUUCRUGCUAGAGUCUUGGAGAUCCUCUGUUGCACAUUCUGAUGGCGUUGUUUUUGUUUGUGUUGAUUUUUUUUUCUAUUCUCUUGAAUCUAGCCAUCUGCUGACUUUCAGGCUCUAGGAGUUUUCUGUAAUUAGACUGUUCAGUCUGGUUUAUUGAAAGUUAAUGGUUUUAACCAAGAGAGAACCCUGAGGAGGACCUUUAAGGUACUUGAAGCUGCACAAGAUUAAGAUUGAAGUAAUGGAUGGGAGAAGAGACCAUGGUAAGACAGGUAACAAAUAAGUGCAAGUUAAUACUCUUCCUAAAUCUUGAGGUUCUUGCAAGCCUGGAUAUGCUGCUUCUAUAUCAGUGACAUCUCUACCCUGAGUUUUCUUAGGCUUCUUCUCUACCAAAYCUUCCACUGCUGCUAACACACCUGCCCUGAUCUGGGGCAAUUCAUCAACAUAGGAAUGUGUUUUAUGGRAAAGAYAGGAUAGUAACUGAUACCUCAAGAYACAUCAUCCAUCCUCCUGUUUGUARUUGGAGACUAUUUUAAAGAUGCAGUGGUCUCAUUCUUGAUUUUUAUUUAACUGAAACUAAACAUAGUAUUGUGUGUAUUGGCUUAUUGUGURCUUUUAUAAACAGUCAUUUUUAAUAGCAUAUUAAGAAACUUUGARUAGGAAAAAAUAUGCAGAUGGACUGAAAAGAAUGCCCUAAUUUCUGAGGGAGGAGAUACAUAACACACUGUCCCCAGCUUCAAAAUGUUUUCUUGGAUUUUGCCACAUGAUCUUUUUCUGUCUGUUAUCMAAUUAUCUCAGUCAUUGCCCCCAUCACAAUUACAAAAAGCUUCUAAAAGGGCCUUCUGGGCAGCAGGGAGGGCUGGAGAGGUGCUGUGCACUUACUYUUGUUAUGGAGCCAUGUGCUCAAGAGUGGUUUUCUGUUCUGAUCCCUUCUGUUUGUCCUGGAAAUUACUUACACUGACUAUACCUGUUCUUCAAGUAAUUUUUAAAGCCUGUAUUUAUAGUUUGCAACUCAUGGAACUAUAUUAUUAUUCCCACAAGGAUGACUUCCAUGGAGAAUUUUAAUGCAUAUUUAUGAAAACUAAUCAGAAUAUGUUGCUUAUACUUUAGAAUAUACAAAUAAUUGGUGUGUGCUUUCAGAGAUUUCAAUUACGUUUCUCAACAGAGGGACUAUUGGCAUUCAUGCAUGUGUGUCUGUAUAUACAAACACAUAUGUAUAUUUAAUUUAUACAUGUGUAUAUAAAUCUAGAUAAAACUAAUAUAUAAAAUUUAAGUGUGUAUGUUUGUGUAUUUAUACAUGGCACUCUAUACUUAUCAGCCUUGGACUGUGCUGAUAACUCUCAUGAAGCUUCAGCCUUGAUGUUUUUUAAUCCUURAAUUCAAAUGCCUCCUGUCUUGUCUGAACCAGAAUGUGUUGUGGAAAAACAGGAGAUGGUGGUAGAUAACCUAAGGCACUUUGCAUCUGGAUAUUUAUUUACAUUCUUUUAAAAACUGCUUAUAUGUUUAGCCUGUAUGUCCUUCUCUGUCAGGUGGUACAGACUAAGGGUGUAAUCUUGCAGAACACAGAUGACAUAUCUGGGACAUGUGAGAGAGGAUGUCCUGGCAGGUUCUGCAUUCCCACAGAGACUAUCUCAGGCUAGGGAAGUGAGGUGUUUCUCCAUGGUCUGUGUGGGUGAUKACCAAGCUCCUUUAACCAGGGGAUGCCUGUUUGUGUUCAGACUGGUGCUGCUUUGCCAGGUGGUAUUUGAAGCUUUUCUGCAGUCUGAGUGCACACCCCAAACUCAGAUACCCCAGGUUUUUGGAAGCUCCUAAAUGUAGUGGAAUUGAUGGUACCRUUCAAAGCCUCUGAGUAUGUAGGUGAGCUCUGUCAGAACAUAGGAGGGAACAUCUCAAAAAGCUUCCAGAGCCAGCACUGCUUCCAGGACAUGCUGGAAUAAAAGCACAGUGCAGUCUUUCCUUGGCCAGCUAGGAAGUUGUUUGUUGGGUGUCACUGGUAGGUACCAGAAGUAAUCAAGGAAAAGAAAUGGGAAUGAUUCUAGAAGUGUUUUGAGGCUGAAAACAAGAGAAGUUGCCUAAAUCACUGUGCUGUAUUCGUGAUUGUGCUGCAGAGGGACAUUUGCCACAUUUGGGUCAGGUCCACAAGGAGMAAUKGAUUGGACCAGUUUGUCAGCCAGGSCAGAGUGCCUCCCAGUAACCACAGAAGCAGCACAUCGAUGCCCAUGUACCUCCCUGAAGAAAGUGAGGCCCUGUUUGCUUAUUUUAUAAUGCUGUAGCAUGUAUCAUGUCUCUUUCCAGUGCUGAGUUGGGGGUGCUGCUUCUCUGGUCAGACAACUUCCAGGCAACUGGUGCUGGCCAGAAUCUGUCACUGGACACCAUGGAAAUGGAUCAACMGUUAUGWUGGGACUACUAACYGUGGUUAUAUUGUGCYCCAGGGUGCUGGGCCACCUGUGCUMCCAACUGUCCUGUCCCCUUGCURCMUGGCCUGCUCCAAGACAGCAACAAUCCAUGACUUUUUAUUCUCACAUUAAGGUGUUGUAUUUGCCAAAGCAAACUGAGAGCCUGUGAGUAAACUAUGCACACUCCAUAGUGGCCUUAAAAAUUGCCAGAUUUWUGAUGGACUCUUCUAUCCCAAGUUCAAAUUCUGUUUUUUCAGGUUUUUCUUUACUUGUGAAUUCAUGUAAUCUCAGAUCUGCAAUAGAUUKCCUUUAGUCAUUCAGCAAACAUUAUUGACAAGUUAUUUUUAAAAGUCUUUUCAAGGGAUCUUUAUUGAUGUGGUAUGAUACUUUGCUGUCAUAGGAAGUAAAAUCYUUGGGAUUAUGGACCAUGUGAAACACUUCAUGUUCUCUAAAUGUCAUGUCCUCGCUGAGAAUCUCUCAACUAACUUCUUUCAAAUACUUGAUUGAUCAAGGAAUGUUCACAAUGCCCAAAAAUUUAACUUAAAAAAAAAUAAAUAAUGCAAUUCUGUCUUUCAGUUACUGGUUUUCAGUAUAUUUUACUGUGCAGAUUGUGGGAACAAUUGCAGUAUUUUGGGUAGAACAAGACAGCUUUCCAAAGGCUUUGGAGGGAUUGAAGAUGCACUUUUKGCUGUUGCUGGUUUUUGAUCUGAAAAGAAAAAUCAUUAAUGGCUUUUUUUUUUAGUAAAGGUGUUCAUGAUGACACUAUAGCUGGAUAGAUGUUACCUAUUUUGCAGCAAUUUAAAUAUGAAAAAAGCAACUGACCAGGUUUCAAACAGUCUCAGCAYGGUCACCAGCCAUCUCACAAGGAGGAAGUACAGUCUCUCCAUCAAGACCUGGCUAACAGAAUUAAGAGUCUGGAUUUUUCUUUUUGCAGUUCKCUGGAUCUGAAUACACCUGAUGCCUCAGUUUCCCUUUUGAUAAAAUGGGAAUCUUUCUUACUUGCUAACUCUGGAGUGCUGCCAGGCUUCCCUCAUUAAUAUUCUAAGAUGCUAGCCGAGACUGGGAUGAAAAUACUUCAGUUAAGUAUGUAAAUAGUGCAAAAAAAUAAUUUAGCUACUCAGAGUGGAUUAGUCUCCUUGUUUGGGUUACAGAAUUAAUGUCAUCCACUAAACACCACAUGUGUCUUCAUAGUGAUUUGGUUUUAAAUAAUGCAUCUAUUUUAAGCUUCUAUUUAAAGRAAAAAAUGGGUUUGUGAUUAAAACWCAAACCAUAAAUUUCUGUAGYUUUUCUUUUACCUGUAAUGACAAAUUUCCUAUAUGAUUAAUAGCAACCUURUAUCCUAUACAUGUGAAAUACAGUGGUUUUGUAAAUUCUGUUGGGAUUUUCCUUGCAUAUGAAGAAUAUUUUUUUAAAUAUGUCAUUUUGAAUCUAAUACAUUACAAACUGAACACUGUCAAAUCCUGUUAUUUGAGAAGAAUUUAUUUUGUAAUAAAAACAAAUUAAUAAAUCCAGAUUUUA